CUAAAAAGAGGAACAUUUGGUUCCACCAUUUCACCUUAUUUUGUACUAAGGGGAAGUAUUUAGAGAUUGAAUUGAUGGCAAUUACUUCAGUCUUUAAACCUGUUAUUAGUGUUGAUAAUGUUGAUUCCAUUCAGCUCUGUUUUUUUUUCUGCCCACCGAAUCAUUCGUUCCUCGCGCGUGUGCGAUUCUGACGAUGUGUCAUGGUGGUGCCUGCGAUUUCAGGCGUCGGAGAAGAAGCAGUCGAACCCGAUGCGGGAGAUGAAGGUCCAGAAGCUCGUGCUCAACAUCUCCGUCGACGAGAGCGGUGAUCGCCUCACCCGUGCCGCCAAGGUACUGGAGCAGCUGAGUGGCCAGUCACCGGUAUUCUCCAAGGCAAGGUACACUGUGAGGUCGUUUGGGAUCCGGCGCAGUGAGAAGAUCGCAUGCUAUGUGACGGUGCGGGGUGAGAAGGCAAUGCAGCUGCUGGAGAGUGGCUUGAAGGUGAAGGAGAACGAGCUGCUGAGGAGGAACUUUAGUGACACUGGUUGCUUUGGAUUUGGUAUCUAAGAGCACAUUGAUCUUGGCAUCAAGUAAGAUGAUCUCAUGUCUUAUCGUAAAUAAUUUGAAUGAGGCCUAUUUGUUUCUGUGAACGGGUGUUUUAUGAUGGGCAUUGUUGCUUGCCUGUAAGCAGGGGAAAAUAUAUGUAACUUUGUAUUCAUGUAGCUUGUACCCACUAUGGUCACUACGUACUGGGAUAGCUUAAGGCUAAGUUCUUAACACAAUUUAUAACCAUGCAUGUGAUCGAUCUAUCAGAGAUUGAAUAGCUCGAAUAUGGUAUUGCUUUGGAUUUGGCAGCAGCCAGCAAGGUUGUUCAGGCUUGAGUAGGUCGAUGAAGUGGUUUUGCAGAAG